AUGUCUGCCCAGAACUCCGCAGGCAUCCAGACCCUGCUUGAUGCCGAGAGAGAGGCGCAGAAAAUCGUACAGAAUGCCAGAGAAUACCGCACGAAGCGCGUAAAGGACGCCCGAGCUGAAGCACAGAAGGAAAUCGAAGAAUACCGACAGAAAAAAGAAGAAGAAUUCAAGAAGUUUGAGGCUGAGCACUCGAGCGGGAACAAGGUAGCCGAAGAGGAAGCCAACAAAGAAGCCGAAGCCAAAGUCCAGGAGAUCAAGGACAUCGGUCAGAAGAAGGGCGGCCAAGUCAUCGAGGAUCUCAUCCAUGCUGUGACCGAAGUUCAGCCGCAACUACCGAAGAAACUCGCGAAGAAUGCCUGA